AUGCCGUCAGAAUUAGAAGAGCUCGUAGAGUUCCUACAUCACGGCAACACGCAGAUCAGACAGACUGCGGCCGAACACCUCGUCGGGUAUUCACAAGCAAACCCGUCCUUGUGGAAGCGCAACCAACUAGAGCCCAUUAGGGAUCUCAAGCUACUCGUCAAGGACUAUGCGCCCAUAGCGAAGAACGCCCUUACCAUUCUCAUCAACGUCUCGGCAGACGCUGAGGUCCAGAAGGCACUGGCCAAGGACGAUGAAUUUCUCGAGACGCUACUAUCGCGGAUAACCAACUCGAAAGAGCCAAAUGCAAACGAGAUCGCAAUGCUCCUCGCCAAUAUGGCCAAGGAGGAUUCACUACAACGCGUCUUGGAGUUGAAGCGCGACAUACCAAAGGAGCUGUCCAAGUCGACAUGGGCCAUGGACCAGCUCAUGGACUGCUUUGUCAAGGGCGCAGAGGGCGCCUACAACAAGCAUGCAGACUUUGACUACCUCUCGUACUUCUUCGCUGAUCUGGCCAAGUUUCCCAAAGGCCGCGAAUACCUCACUACACCUCAGGAGCAUGACGAUAAUGUAAUUCCAAUCACCAAGAUUCAGGUCUUCACCGAUCACGUCUCGCACAUCCGACGCCUUGGUGUAGCAUCGACGAUUAAGAAUGUCGCAUUUCAUGUCCCUGCACACCCAGUAUUGCUAUCCAACCUAUCCUCCGACCCAAAUCUACCACCUCCCUCUAUCGGGGCGAACCUACUUCCUUACAUUCUUCUACCCCUCAUGGGCCCAGAAGAAUACGCGGAUGAUGACACGGAGGGCAUGUUGGAUGAGCUGCAACUCCUCGAGCCAGACAAGGAGCGCGAGAAGGAUAACGAAAUCAUCAAGACACAUCUCGAGACACUACUUCUGCUGAGUACGACAAAAGAAAGUAGGGAAGUGCUGAGACGCGUCAAAGUCUACCCAAUCGUCAGAGAGUGCCACAUGCACGUUGAUGAUGAAGGAGUUCAAGAAGCAUGCGACCGUGUGGUUCAAGUCAUCAUGCGUAAAGAAGAAGGCGAAGAGGAGGAUAUACCAGACAUGGCUAGCGCAGGUGGUAGCGGAAAGCUAAUGGGGCUGGAGAACGCGGAAGACGAUGAAGAUGAGAAAAUCGUUGACAUCAUGUUAACGAACGACAUUGAGGAUGGCGGGGGCUGUAGGACAGUACUAGCCAAUAGGGAAGGUGCAGCACGGACGGCUACCUCUAGGCCAGCAGAACAUCCAUCAAGAGACGAGGCAGAACAAAGCGAAGGUAUCGAGGAGAAAGAGCAAGGGAAGCAGUCGAUAUGGAAAAGAGCUUACACAACCUUGACAUGGACCCCACCAAAUUGUCGUUGGGACCCGGAUAAACCGCCGCACUUUUCUAUGAGCAUGAACGUCCUGUUUGCCUUUGCCGCCGGCUUCACAGUAGCAAAUCUUUAUUACAAUCACCCCAUCCUCAACCUACUAGCCAUAGAUUUCGGUGUACGAUACGAACAGGUUGCGCAGAUUCCUACUGUAAUGCAAGCUGGAUAUGCAGCUGGGCUGUUGUUUUUAUGCCCUCUGGGAGACUUAUUGCCCAGACGGCCAUUUGUAUGCGGCUUAGUAGGGUUUACUGCAACCUUAUGGCUCGGACUAUGUCUAACCUCCGACCUUGGAACAUUCACGGCAAUAUCCUUCAUCGUAGCGGUAACAACUGUUACACCGCAGCUCAUGCUCCCGUUGGUCGGUGACCUAGCUCCUCCAUCACGCCGCGCAGCAGCACUCUCCAUCGUCGUCUCUGGCCUCAUGCUUGGUGUGCUCGUCGCCCGCGUCCUGUCGGGAACAAUUUCGAAUUUUGUCACCUGGCGCGCAGUAUAUUGGAUGGCGUUUGCCAUUCAAUAUAUCAUCUUCGUCCUCCUCUGGCUAUUCAUGCCCGACUAUCCUGCUACCAACCCGGGCAUGAACUAUUUCAGAAUACUGCUCGAUAUCGUUAAGAUGCUUUUCCGUCAUCCUGUUCUUGUUCAGGCUUGUUUGGCUGGUCUCUUCUGCUCAGCGCCUUUUACGUCUUUCUGGACAACGCUGACAUUUCUCCUCGCGGAUGACCCAUACAACUAUUCUUCCCUCACAAUCGGACUGUUUGGGCUUAUAGGAAUCGCAGGCAUGCUUAUCUCUCCCAUAUAUGCGCGCACAGUCACCGACCGCUUCGUCCCACAUUUCUCCGUCCUUUUCGGUCUUACAUGCUCGCUUCUGGGAAUAUGUCUAGGCACUUACACGGGUACCUUUACCGUCGCAGGCCCCGUCCUGCAAGCCCUAUUGAUGGAUUUCGGCAACCAAACUGCGCAGAUCGCAAACCGUUCUAGUAUCUACUCGGUGGAACCUAAGCGGCGGAACGGGGUGAAUACCGCUUUCAUGGUUGCUACAUUUUGUGGUCAGCUUAUUGGCACGGCGGCUGGGAACCAUAUUUAUGCUGCUGCUGGGUGGGUAGGAAGUGGCAGCGCUAGUGUUGGAUUCAUCUCUGCGGCGAUUCUUGUUAUAGUUGCUAGGGGUCCCUGGGAGGAGAAAUGGGUUGGGUGGAGAGGCGGCUGGAGCAUGAUCAAGAAAGACAAGGAUUCUGCUGAUGGGAAGACAGCAGACAAAGCGAUGCAUGGACCAAAUGUACCAAGAGAUGAAGAAGUUGGGGUUGGUGCUAACGAGAAGGUGUUACAGGAGGUCGCUGCGGAACAGGAGCAUGAGAGUCCGUUGAGAAGUGAAAAUGGUAGCGAAGAGAAUAGUAAAGAGGAUCGGAUUGAAGACAAGAAAGUAUGA